AUGAUUCCCAAGAUCUUCUGGGCUGCCCUUGUCCUCGGGCCCAUGGUUCAGGGCGCUGCCAUUCCCGUAGUCAGGGACAAUGGUAUUAUUCGACGCCAAGAGGAUUAUAUUCCAACGGCUCUUCCUACUGACUUACCGACUGGGUUACCCACUGGUUUGCCCUUCGACUUGCCUAUCGACUUGCCUAUCAACUUGCCAACCGGAUUGCCGAUCAGCUUGCCAACCGGAUUACCCAUCGACUUGCCCAUCAGCCUACCAACCGGAUUGCCCAUCAGCUUGCCAACCGGACUACCCAUCGACUUGCCCAUCGACUUGCCCAUCAGCUUGCCAACUGGUUUGCCUAUUAACCUGCCUACCAAAUUGCCGUUUACACUUCCUGGCUUGCCUACACGUUUUCCUAUUAGUUUGCCUACCGGUUUGCCGUUCAAUCUUCCCGGUCUGGCUGACGGUCUACGUACCCGUCUGGCUGCCGAUUUGCCUACUGGUUUGCCGACUGGUGUACCUACCGGCAUUCCCACGGGCAUUCCCACGGGCUUUCCCACGGUCUUCCCGACUGGCUUCCCGACUGGCUUCCCGACUGGCUUCCCGACUGGCUUCCCGACUGGCUUCCCGACUGGCUUCCCAACUGGCUUGCCGUUUCCCCCUACCGGCCGUCCCAAGCAUCCGAUUGGACGCCCCAAGACUCCGACCGGUCGCCCUGUGCCACCCCCGCCGUCCACCUCGGACAACACUCUGCCGCUUGUGCCGACUCCCACCUCGCCUCCCUCAUCUGACGCCCCGCUUCCCACAUAUUCAGCGCCGCCCGUGGAACCUACUCUGGCUCUUUGA